AUGUCCUUAGCUGCACAAAAACCAUCUGUUCAGAGAAUUAUAAUAUCCAACAAACACGGCGAAAAACUCGUUGGCACAUUACAUGAAUCUGGAACACCCACCGACAUUGUUAUCUUGUGUCAUGGUUUUCGAUGCUCUAAAGAUAACAAUCUCAUAUUGAACCUUGCUGUUGCUUUGGAAAAUGCUCAAAUUAGUUCUUUCCGUUUUGAUUUUUCUGGAAAUGGGGAAAGUGAAGGUUCGUUUCAGUAUGGUAACUAUUGGACAGAAGUGGAUGAUUUACACGCUGUUGCUGAACAUUUCCGUGAAUCCAAUCGUGUAAUCCGUGCAAUUGUUGGACAUAGUAAAGGAGGUGACGUAGUGCUUCUGCAUGCUUCCAAGUAUCAUGACAUUAAAACUGUUGUCAACAUCUCUGGACGUUAUGAUUUGAAGGUAGGGAUAGAAGAACGCCUUGGCAAAGAUUAUUUGGAAAGAAUUAGGAAGGAAGGUUUCAUUGAUGCUAAGAAGAGGUCAGGAAGUUUUGAUUACCGCGUUACUGAGGAAAGUUUGAUGGAUCGCUUGGGUACAAAUAUGCAUGAAGCAUGCCUGCAGAUUCACAAAGAAUGCAGGGUCCUUACAAUUCACGGUUCUUUGGACGAAAUUAUCCCUGUUCAAGAUGCACAUGAGUUUAACAAGAUCAUACCAAACCACAAGUUGCAUAUCAUUGAAGGAGCUGAUCAUUCAUACAAUAAUCAUCAAGAUGAGUUAUCCUCAGUUGUUAUAAGCUUCAUCAAGGAAAUUGUUGACCUCAACAAGGGUACUGCUAGCUAG